AUGCUUGAGCUAUCAACCAUGGGUGGGGAGGAGUGGAUACCUUUCGACGACGAGAGGAUGGAUCAUGAGGUUGCUUACAUGGCAGGGGAGAUUGAAAAAGGCAGGGUAUUCCGCAAGACAGACUGGGGUGGAGGUGACAUGCGCGUGGACCUUUAUGUUCACGGCGGUGCCAAGAAGAAGAAGAGAAGGGUGAGUGAAAGGGUUGAUGUUGUGGAGUUUGACGGAGAGGGGCCUUCCAUGAAUCAGGGAGGAGAUGGUCAUUCGGGGGGCGAUUCAGAAAGACCCGUAGAUAUUGUUGUGGCCCGUCUGACUUUGGAGGUUGAGACUUUGAAGAAGGAGAUUGUUUUGUUGAAGAAAACUGUUAAGUCACUUGUUAGGCGGGUUGGUCGCAGAAGGGGUAGGAAACGUGACUAUGUGAGGAAACAGGGUGUAGCUUCUCAACAGGGUGGAGGUUCUCCACAGGGUGGAGGUUCCCAACAGGGUGAUGAUGGUGGUGAAGAUCGUGGAGGUUCUCAACAAGGUGUUGGAAGUCCUAACAACCAGGUUGGCGGUGAUGGGUCGGAUGAGAUGCCUUUGAUUGGAGAGGAAGUAGUAGCUCAGAAAAGCGGCGCUGAUGACAGUUUCUCGUCUGACGAGGCACCACGGUUGUUAGUUAGGAUGAAGCAAGGAGACGGGAUCCCUCUGCAGUGGGCGGAUGGUGGGAGGCCGGGUCCGGACGGUAAUGUUUUAUACGACGGCACGACUAGCAACACCUACUUCGUUGCUGAUAGUCAGGUAGGUUUAGGCGGGGGUGGUCCAUUGGGCGUGUUAGCCAAUGUUAACCCACUUAGUUACGUUGAUGGGCAGGAUAGUAGCUUCGUAGCCGAUGAUAUAGGUGGCCGCAGUCCCGGUAACGGUUUAACAGUUGAGAGUGGGCCUGAGAUGUUCGUAGCUGGUGGCAACACGUACGUUGAUUUCGGGGUUUUGCAGGAACAAACAUCGACUAAUGUAGUAGUCGGGGCGGAGGAUGCGGUAACAUCGCAUGAUAACCAGGUUUGCAGAAGUUUGUUUUAUUUUAGUGUUUGGUUAAAUGUUGUUUCUUUGUACAACUUUAAAAUGUUUUUUGGCAUUUUUUUUAAGAGGGUCGAUAGUGAUCCCAUGACUCCUAAGGAGACCAGUGAUGGGGGAGAUGAUACGAGGGAGGCUGUAGCUGUCGAGGGGAGUGAGUCUGGACCUGUUGGGGAGCAUGUAUUAACUUGUGUACACUCUUUUAUUGUCCACCCAUACACUUUAGGUGUAUGGUGGACUUUUGUUUUGGUUGUCUAUCUUAACACUAGUAAUAGCUUUUUGAUUUUGUUUUUUUCAGAGGUUGGGCCUAGUGUGUUAAUAGAGCCGCGCAGACCGGGUGAGCAGGAAGCCCAUUUGGCUGCCUUGUUUCUAACGAAAGACCCUUAUGAAGUACCGGAAAUAGUCCCCACUGUGGAAGACUGUGAUUAUCCAGCCUUUAUAAAGGUUUUGGAGUCUGCACAGGAAGCCGUUCAUGCAAAGGCAGGAGGCAAAGACGACCUGAACAAUAAGUUUUUCAUUGAACUAGCAACGUCUCAGGAUAUGUUGUCUGAUAAGGUUUGA